AUGCCGCUGGAUAUACAAUCAAACACAAGUUUGAUGGAUACUUGCCACAUCAUUGCCAUCUUAAUCUAUGUUGAUGACAUUGAUAUUGCGGGCAACAACGCCACUAAGAUACAAAAUAUCACAAAUUCUCUUUACAGUCUUUUCCACAUCAAAAACCUUGGCGAUCUCACUUACUUUCUUGGAUUGGAAGUGGCUCGGAACAACUCUGGUAUCCACCUCAGCCAACGCAAGUACACCCUUGAUCUUCUCACAGAAGCUGGAAUGCUCAAUUGUGCCCCCAUGCCCUCUCCCAUGGCACAUUCUUCUCAUCUUACUAGUCAAGGUGACCUCCUCAAUGAUGAAGAUGCCUCCUCCUACCGAAGGCUCAUUGAUCGCCUUAUAUAUCUCACCAAUACCAGACCCGACAUCACAUUCUCAGUUAAUAAUCUCAGUCAAUUUGCCUCCUCUCCUACAACCCUUCAUCAGCAAGCUGCUCACCGCAUCCUUAGAUAUCUUAAGGGAAGUCCUGGCAAUGGCAUUCUCCUCCACAGCAACAAUAUCAAUCAACUCAAAGCCUACAGUGAUUCUGACUAG